AUGAAACUCUCAUCAGCCUGGACAGCUUUUAUUUUGCUACUUAUUCAAGGAGCAUCAAGGGCCUGCACAGUGAAGAAACUGGGCAGCAGCACAGGAAGAUUUGCCAAUGCCACAUUAGUGCGGCUAUCUGAGUUUCUGAGCGCGGGUUAUAAGAAGGGAGUGAGACCAGUGAAAGACUGGAGGACAUCCACUAUAGUGGCCAUAGACCUCAUGGUUUACUCCAUCCUCAACGUGGAUGAGAAGAACCAGGUUUUGACAACAUAUGUGUGGUACCGACAGGCGUGGACAGAUGAAUUCCUGGUGUGGGACCCAGAAGACUUUGAUGAAGUCAAACAAGUUUCUAUACCUACUGCUAAUGUGUGGGUGCCCGACAUCCUCAUCAAUGAGUUUGUAGAUGUGGGGAAGUCUCCAGAUAUCCCUUACGUCUAUGUGACAUAUGAUGGCCUGGUGCGCAACUACAAGCCCAUCCAGGUGGUCACAGCCUGCACUCUCAACAUCUACAACUUCCCAUUUGAUGUCCAGAAGUGCAGUCUCACCUUCCAGAGUUGGCUACAUACCGUUGAUGACAUUAACAUCACCCUGAUGCGAAGCCCUGAGGAGCUCAGGGAGGACAAGAGGGUCUUCAUGAACCAAGGAGAGUGGGAGCUGCUUCAUAUACUGUCCAAAUACAGUAACUUCAGCGUGGACAAUGAUGACCAUUAUGCUGAGAUGAAGUUCCAUGUGGUGAUCCGGCGGCGGCCAUUGUUUUACACCGUGAACCUGCUGCUGCCCAGUAUCUUCUUGAUGGUGAUGGACGUUGUGGGUUUCUAUCUGCCACCAGACAGUGGAGAGAGGGUUUCCUUCAAGAUCACUUUACUGCUGGGCUACUCUGUCUUCCUCAUCAUCGUAUCUGACACUCUGCCUGCCACCGCCAUAGGAACCCCGCUGAUAGGUGUUUACUUCGUGGUUUGCAUGGCUCUCCUGGUGAUCAGCCUAACAGAAACCGUGCUGAUUGUGCGUCUGGUGCACAAGCAGGACCUACAGACCCCUGUGCCCCACUGGGUGAAGUACUUGGUGUUGGAGAGAGCUCCGGUCCUCUUCUGCAUUCACAAGAAGCACCGCCUUUGCUCCAGACUAUCCUCUCAGGCUUCUGACCUGGAACACUACAAUUAUGGGACUGCCCAGUGCACCCUCCACCACACUUGUGAGAUAGGCCGAAGGAUCAGCCAACACGACAGAGAAGGCGGGCUGCUUGGACUGGGCCUGCCCCCCUCCAGGGACCCCACACCGCCUGUCAUGGACAACAUCCUGCAGGAAGUGACAGCGAUACGCCACUUCCUGGAGAAGAGAGACAGGUGCCGGGAAGUUGCCAAGGAGUGGCUGCAGGUCGGCUACGUGCUGGAUGUGCUGCUCUUUCGAGUUUACUUAGUGGCCAUAGUGGCCUACAGCAUCACACUGGGCACGCUGUGGUCAGUGUGGCAAGUGGCCUGAGUUUCACUCCUGUGCUGCUGUGGACACAAGCUCAGUGGGUAGAGCAUAGAAUUGAAAAGGCCUGUUAUUGGCUCUAUGCCCUGUGUAGCUCAGUCGAUACAGGUAGGCACUCACAUAGUAAUGGAACAGGGAAAGACUUCCUGUACUUGGGGCCUACGUACAAAGGUUAAGUAACAGAGUUUGCCACUGUAUCCCUCC